AGCGAUAGCGCACUCGUCAGGUAAACGAGCCAAUCAGGCACAAUCUGGCAACCCACCCUUUUCCGCUGCUCACAUAUUAGCCGUGUCCAUUGCGGCCACUCCGCCACUCAGAGGAGGCUGAGGCACACCGGAUCCUUCCAGCUGCACGGUUUUCUGUCUCUUUGAUUUCCACUGCCUUUCUUCAUUAAAGCGUCACUUCUCUCCGGGUUCCUUAACGCACUACACUGGGGAAACAUAGACAGUUGUCUAAAUAUUUUCGUUGACCCAGUCCAACAUUUGCCUGCAGUUCAGCGGAUGCAAAACCGGGCAUUUAAAUAGGUAACAGAUGAUGUCUCAGAAAAAGAUUUUCCUGAUUCUGGUGGCAGUUAGUACUGUCAGUUUGCUCUUGCAUCGAGGGGGUCACCUGAGCUGGACCAUGGAAGUGUUCCGACUGACCUGCCCAGCCGUGAACGCUCCUCAAACUGGCAAACACACCAACAUAGUCUUCCUCAAGACGCACAAGACAGCCAGCACCACUGUGCAGAACAUCUUCUUCCGCUUUGCUGAGCGCAACAACCUCACGGUGGCGUUGCCGGUUACCCCGUGUGACCACCAGUUCUGCUACCCGCGCAUGUUCAGCAGCCAUUUUGUCCACCCCAACACCAUGCCCCCGAACAUUGUGACCAGCCACUUGCGUUUCAGCCACUCAGAGUUGAGACGCAUUAUGCCCAAUAACACCAUCUACAUUACCAUCUUGCGUGAGCCUGGUGCCAUGUUUGAGUCCCUCUUCAGCUACUACAAUCAGUACUGUGAUAGUUUCAAGCGAGUGCCCAAUGGAUCUCUUCAAACUUUUCUGGACAAGCCCUGGUCUUACUAUCGUCCAGGAGAGAAAGAUUCAAUGUAUGCUAGGAAUACGCUGACCUUCGACCUGGGAGGAGAUAAGGAUCGACCGUCUGCAGAUGUGAUGAAGUACGCGAAGCGAUUUGCGGCCGAAGUAGAGCGUGUCUUCUCACUGGUCAUGAUCGCAGAGUAUUUUGACGAAUCGUUAAUCCUGCUGCGACAUCUGCUGUCAUGGGACCUAGAGGACGUGCUCUACUUCAAGCAAAACAUGCGCAUGCCUUCGUCUAGAAGCAACCUUUCUGAAGCACAACUGCACAAAAUCCGGGAAUGGAACGCCAUCGAUGCUGUGCUAUAUGACCACUUUAACACCUCACUUUGGAGGCAGCUGAAUGAACUGGGCCUAGCUUGUGUUGCUAGGGAAGUAAAGCUGCUGCGUCGUGCCCAAGAACAGAUGGUACGUGGCUGCUACGGUGGCAGACUGCCUCCACUCCGCUCAGGUGCAGAGAUCACCAACAAAAAUCUGCGGCCCUGGCAACCCAGCUCCAAGGUGGCUAUUGUUGGGUACGACUUACCUGUCAAUGCAUCAAAGGAGUCUGGCAUGUCACAGGACAAGUGCCUGAAAAUGAUCAUACCUGAAGUGCAAUAUACGAAGCAACUGCUGCACUUGCAGAUGCUGCACUACAGGAACAAGUACUUUUUAAAUACAAUGAAGAAUAAUAUGAAGACACCCACUCGCCAGCAAAAUCAACCCUCUGGGUCUAUUUUAGGUCAUCCUGCCACACUGGGGAAGAUCCCCAGAGCAUCUGCACGGUUCUUCCACUAGAAACCUCAUCUUCAGCCACGCAGUUAACCCCAUCGUUUUCUUCUUUUAUCUUGUGACCCAGACUGCAGGGAAAGAUCUGUGAAGAACAGUGAAAGUCCAAGAUUAUACCAGCCAUCUAAAACUCCCUCCUCAGGACCUGUUUACCUGUGCCAUUUCUCUGUAUGGUUUCCUCUAAUGAGGACUUUGCUAGCCGUGAAGCUCAUAAAGACCAGAGUACAUGUACGUGUGAUGCUUUUUGUUAGCUGUAGAAUGUGACUGUAUAAAUACGGCACUCUCUCGUGUAAACAUGCACACACAUGCAUAUAUGGUACAAACUUACAAACAUCUGCAAGCACAGAGCUGAAGACAUAAUUUUCAUUUCCCAGGUCACUUGAGGGAAGGGGUGUUUAUCCGUAGGUUUACCUUGUGCAUUAGCAGUAAUAUGGCUUCAGGAUAACAUCUGGAGUAGGCACGAGAGGUAUUUAAAAAAAACAAAACUCCUGCACUAUUAAAGGGACAGUUUAGCAAAUUUAGCGGUGGAGGUUUCUCAUCCAUGUUUCCUGCUAAGCUACACCCUAGGACAUAGACAUAUCUGCUGUCCAGGCUGUAAUGCCUAAACACUUGUGAUAGAAGUGCUGCAUAAUGAACUGACAGGCUUCCUUGUCCUAAUUAGUUGGAUGUUGUGGUCUAUGUCUUUUGUCUUUUUUUUUUCUCCAGUGUAAAGAAUCUAGGGCAUCACAGAACCCGUGUUUUUCCUGAAUACAUUAUUCAAUUACAUACAAUGGAAGCAUUCUGACUUGGAUUUCACUGACUGGACCUUUUAGAAAGGGGAGUCAAAAAGCAACCCUCGCAUAGGUUGAAAAUCAUGUAACUGUUUUAUUAUUUAAGCUUCCGGGGACGCUGCUUGGGUUGCAGUCUUUCUGCAGGCUGAUCGGCUCAGAGCAGAGCAGUGGAUGGCAGAAAGCAUUAAUGAGGGACAGGGGAAAAAAAGUUAAGACAGAUGAGAAAAUGGACUGUCAUGCUACUGGGAAAGCCUCGCUGGUUUCGGGAAGCAAUUUGCAGUAACACGGUGACCUUGAAACUUUCCUCAUGACAGGUAGUACAGCGUAAUAGGCACUGUGCUUGCAUACUGCUGUAAGAUUACAUACAGCGGCUGAGAGUCUCAUCGAUAAAGCUGUCCUCUGGGCAAAUGUACGGGACGUAAGUUAUCAUUUAUAUUUAAUUCUCAAGCUGUACGAAUUGCUUUAACAUUUUUGUUAUAAUGCCGGUAUGUGAUUCGAAUGCGUUCAGGUUUUUUUUGCUUGUUUUUUUGACAACAGGUAUUUAAUGAGUGUUUCAUCUGUGUACCACUGGAAAAACCAUUUGUGUGUAUGCGAGUGUGUGUGUGUGUGUGUGUACCCAAAAAGUGUCAUUUUGCAUUGCAACAAUAAUUAUUUUUCGAAGUCAUCCAUUGUCUUUCACUGUACUUGAGACCCAUCAUCCAUUAUUAUUAUUAUUAUUAUUAUUAUUAUAAUUAUUAUUAUUAUAUACUAAGCAGUAUCUGCAGAGCCAAGCUGCGGCUAUGUCUAGACUUGAUUCCUAUUUAUUAUGCUGCCAACAGCAAGCUUUCCCAGCAUUCCAGCUUCACCAUCAGCCUUUUAGUUUCUACUUUGAUUUAAGCCUCCGAUAACUAAUAGACCUUGAAUCAAAUAUCUUGUACGUCGUGUAUGCAAAUGGAGCGCGUCCCAUGACAAAUGAGCUGCGUGUCUCACAUGAUAACUCCAUUAGAAAUUUUCCACAGGUGUGUGAAGAUGCUGCUGUUAAAAAAAAUUUGGAGCAGCGUGAGCUGUUAGAGAGGGACUCCAUAACCCAGAGCUUAGUCAAAAAUAGACUAGACAGUGAGAACAAUUGAUGACGGAUACAUACCAGUUAUUCUGAUACAUGGACACACACCCACACCCAUGUCUUUCAUCUCCACUUUCAUUUGGGUUAAAAGUAUUGACAUUCAGGCAAGAUUCCUGUCUCUCUCUGUGAUUCAUACAAGGCGUUACUGAUAAACACCUGUUUAUCUCACUCACACAAAUACACAAACACAGCAACCAGUUCACACUUCAUUUUCACACUCGGAACUUAUAUUAUCCGUCUCACACUGAGUUGGAUAGAGAGAGAGAGAGAGAGAGAGAGAGAAGAUAAACCAGGGCUCAGAUACAACUUGAAACAUAACAGAGGGAUCAACAAGAUCUUAUCAUCUUAAUAAGUGCUCUUGUAUUAUGAAUUAUUACAUACAUGCAUAGAUUUUUCUUUUUCUUUUUUUUUGGAGUAAUAUAGUGUUUUAAACAGACACCCAUGAUCAGCUGCUCAAGCUAUAAGAUGACACCUGCUUUCUUUAAUUCAUGAAAUCUUUUGAAUUGAUUGAAAAAACCUCAGUGAAAUCGUACUGUACAGGGACGGUGGGUGUUGGCAUUUCAUCCUGCUGCUUUAGGAUAUUCAGAAACGGUUCUCAGAUCUCAAAAGGGUUCUUUCUAUUCUGUGCUAUAGUGCAUCCUAUCAGAGGGACGUUAAAAAAUGAGACGCGACUGUGUCGUGCGUAAAAGGGUUUUUUUUUUUUUAAAGGACACUGGAUUUGUUCUGAAUUCAUUUUCAUUCUUCAUGAUUAUUUUGACCAGGAGCUUUAAACAAGAUGCUUCUGACAAUCAGAUUUAACGAUUAUGCGUUGAUAUUGUAAAGAGAAUAAAGUCGAAAUCUAAUUGAAA